AUGAGCCACAUUCAGAGCAAGGUGGAGCUCAGUCAGGUGGAGCGGCCUGUGCCCAUCGAUGACUACUUCUGCGGUCUGGACAUCAACCAGCCGCUUGGCGGCUCUCAGCUGGUGACCGGCCACACGCUCUACACUGAGACUCGGGACCGCAUGACCUCUGUGACCUCCUAUGUCUACAAUGGCUACUGUGUGGCUUUUGUGGGCACCAGGAGUGGACGUCUAAAGAAGAUUCGAGUCGAUGGUCCUCCUCAUGGUGGCGUCCAGUAUGAGACGAUCUCGGUCAUAAAGGACGGCAGCCCCAUCCUCAGAGACAUGGCCUUCUCUCUGGACCGCAACUUCCUCUACGUCAUGUCUGAUAGACAGGUUACCCAGGUUCCUAUUGAAUCCUGUGAGCAGUAUGGGACCUGUGGAGAGUGUCUGAGCUCCGGAGAUCCCCACUGUGGCUGGUGUGUCCUGCAUAAUAUAUGCUCUCAAAGGAACCGAUGUGAGCGCGCAGACGAGCCGUAUCGUUUUGCCGCCUCUCUCAGCCAGUGUGUGAAGGCCACCAUCUUCCCCGACAGCAUUGCCGUGUCCGAACCUAGCGUGCCUCUGCUGGUGAAGGUGAGCGAUGUCCCAGACCUUUCUGUGGGCAUCACCUGCUCCUUUGGCAACUUGACAGAGAUCGAGGGAAACGUGAACGGCAAUCAGAUACUCUGUGUGUCUCCUGCUGCAAAGGAUGUCCCGCUGAUACCGACUGACCAAGACUGGUCAGGUGUUGAGCUGAGGCUUAACUCUAAGGAGACUGGUCAGAUGCUCAUCAGCACUGAGAUCAAGUUUUACAACUGUAGUGUCCACCAGCUGUGUCUGUCAUGUGUGAACAGUGCCUUCCGCUGCCACUGGUGCAAAUACCGCAACUUGUGUACCCAUGACCCCUCCAGCUGCUCCUUCCAGGAGGGACGAGUCAACACCUCUGAGGACUGUCCCCAGCUGGUGCCCUCGGAGGAGAUUCUGAUCCCAGCAGGGGAGGUGAAGCCAAUCACCCUAAAGGCCAAGAACCUGCCACAGCCCCAGUCUGGCCAGCGAGGCUAUGAAUGUGUCCUCCACAUCCAGGGGGUCAGCCAUCGAGUCACCGCCCUUCGCUUCAACAGCUCCAGCGUACAGUGCCAGAACAGUUCGUAUCUGUAUGAGGGAAUGAGGAUCAGUGAGCUGCCUGUGGAUUUUUCAGUGGUGUGGAAUGGCAACUUCAUUAUUGACAACCCAGAGAAUAUACAAGUGCACCUGUAUAAGUGUGCAGCCCAGCGGGACAGCUGUGGCAUGUGCCUGAAGGCAGACAGGAAGUUCCAGUGCGGCUGGUGUAGCGGAGAGGGAAGGUGCACACUGCGACAUCACUGCCCUCUCAUCAACCCUUACACCACUCGCUGGCUCAACCUGUCCACCAAGAACGUCAAGUGUACCAACCCACGCAUCACUGAGGUGACUCCGAUGGCUGGACCACCAGAGGGGGGAACUCGGGUGACUAUCUAUGGCACAAACCUUGGCCUUGCUUUCUCAGACAUGGUGGACAACGUAGAAGUGGCCGGUGUCAGAUGCACACCUGUGGAGGAAGGCUACAUUAUUGCUGAACAGAUUGUGUGUGAGAUGUCUGCGGCUUCGGCAGACAACAGACCCGGCCCGGUCCAGCUGUGUGUGGGUGAAUGCAGACCAGAACUCAAGACUCGCUCCUCACAGCUCUACUCCUUUGUGACUCCAACUGUCACAGGCCUGUCCCCGAGCAAAGGUCCAGAGUCUGGAGGCACCAAAGUCACCAUAAUGGGAGAAAACCUCGGCGCUGGCAGCAGCGUCAACGUUCAGUUUGGAAACCAGACGUGCGAGUUCUUCGGGCGGACCAUGAAGGAGAUAGUCUGUUACUCGGCCCCAUCCCUGUCCGGGAUCGGCUCGGUUCAGAUCAGUGUGAGCGUGGAUAAUGCCCAAAUCAGGGAGAGCCUCACCUUCGAGUACAUCGAGGACCCCACUGUCCUGCGGAUCGAGCCGGACUGGAGCAUCGCAAGUGGCCACACCCCUCUGAUGGUGACGGGAACAAAUCUGGAUGUGGUUCAGGAACCCAGAAUCCGGGUGAAGUAUGCUGGCCGAGAGUCUGUCAAUGUGUGCAAAGUGCUGAACAGCACCGCUAUGAGCUGCUUUGCUCCCUCCCUCAUGGCAGAGUAUCUCCCAGGUUUGGACGCAGUGAAACACGCGGAUGAGUUUGGCUUCAUCUUCAACAACGUCCAGGCGCUGCUGGUCUACAACAACACCAACCUUGUAUACUACCCAAACCCUUUCUUUGAAUCCCUCAGCACCUCAGGUAUCCUGGAGCAAAAGCCUGGUUCACCAAUCAUCCUCAAGGGCAGAAACCUGAUUCCCCCAGCGUCUGGAGGGGCGAAGCUUAACUACACCGUACUGAUAGGCGAGACUCCCUGCUCUGUCACCGUGUCUGAGAGCCAACUGCUGUGUGAGCCUCCCAACCUCACAGGCCAAUACAAAGUUGUGGUUCAAGUUGGAGGCCUCCACGUGUCUCCAGGAGCGGUGCACAUCAUGUCCGACAGCCUCCUGACCCUCCCCGCCAUCGUUAGCAUCGCAGCAGGUGGCGGUCUCCUCCUCAUCAUCGUCAUCCUCGUACUCAUCGCCUACAAGCGGAAGUCGCGGGAGAACGAUCUCACCCUGAAGCGCCUGCAGAUGCAGAUGGACAACCUGGAGUCCCGCGUCGCUUUGGAAUGCAAAGAAGCCUUUGCAGAGUUGCAGACAGACAUCAAUGAGCUUACCAGUGACCUCGACAGGGCCGGUAUCCCCCAUCUGGACUACAGAACAUAUGCCAUGCGAGUCCUCUUCCCCGGCAUCGAGGAUCAUCCUGUCCUGAGAGAACUGGAGGUGUCGGGCAACGGCCAGCAGAAUGUGGAAAAGGCCCUGAAGCUGUUUGGUCAGCUCAUCAACAACAAAGUGUUCCUGCUCACCUUCAUACGAACGCUUGAGAUGCAGCGCUCUUUCUCCAUGAGGGACCGCGGCAACGUGGCCUCGCUCAUCAUGACGGCCCUGCAGGGGCGACUGGAGUACGCCACUGAUGUUCUCAAACACCUGCUGUCGGACCUGAUCGACCGCAACCUGGAGAGCAAGAACCAUCCCAAACUGCUGCUGCGCAGAACAGAGUCGGUUGCUGAGAAGAUGCUCACGAACUGGUUCGCCUUCCUCCUUCACAAAUUCCUCAAGGAGUGUGCAGGGGAGCCGCUGUUCAUGCUGUACUGCGCCAUCAAGCAGCAGAUGGAAAAGGGGCCCAUUGACGCCAUCACCGGAGAGGCCCGCUACUCCCUGAGCGAAGACAAGCUCAUCCGCCAGCAGAUCGAGUACAAAACCCUGAUCCUAAACUGUGUAAACCCAGACAACGAAAACAGUCCAGAGAUUCCCGUGAAGGUGUUGAACUGCGACACAAUCACACAAGUGAAGGAGAAGAUACUUGAUGCGGUUUACAAGAACAUGCCCUAUUCUCAGCGGCCGCGGGCCGUCGACAUGGACUUGGAGUGGCGUCAGGGUCGAAUGGCUCGUGUGGUGCUGCAGGAUGAAGACAUCACCACUAAGAUUGAAAACGACUGGAAAAGACUCAACACACUCUUGCACUACCAGGUAAGCACUUAAAUAAGUUUGGUGUUU